CCCAGGCGUGCUGUUUGUUGGGGAUGGUGCUGGGGACAGUCACUGUUUGUCUUGAGCUUCCUUUGAGAAGAGCUUCCUCCAUCCUUGGAGAUGGACCCUGGGGGAGGGAGGAGUUGCAGGAGCCCAGAACACAGCCUCAUUGUGUGCCUGUGUUUUGCUCCUGGCAUCGUCCUGGCCCGAGGUGCUGGUGGGGAAGCCUCCCUGAUGGCUUUUCAGAGGGCAGGAUAAAUCCAGUAGGACUCAAGUGGUGGGGCACCCCCCUUGCACGACCUUCCAGAGCCUCAAGGGAUGGGAACAUCAUCUCUUCAUCAGGAACAGGGAGAGGAGAAUAGAAUUAACCCUUGCCCUGCUGUCUGUGGGAUCAGAGAGCACUGUCCCAGCACUGGGGGCCAGUGUUGAGGGGGGGCUCUGCCAGCCCAAGAGGCUGCUGGAGCCCGAUGCAGAACUGUCCUUUUCCCUGAAUUCCCAAAGCUGUGGCCUGCAGAUAAAGGGAUGUUUGUUAGCCGGGCACACUGUGUUUUGCCGAGCAGAACAAUAAAGAGAAAGACACUCACAAUGGGAAAUUGUGCUUCCUCCUCCCUGUGCGCUCCUCGGGGAGGUGUUGGAGGGAAAAAAAAAAAAAAGAAGAAAACGGGAAGAGACGGUGACAGGGCAGGGAGCGAGGGCACGGCCAGCACCAUGGGAGCGGGCAUCAAGGGCCCGCGGGGGCACGGGGCUGCCGGGACACUGCCUGCCCCACAGCGGUGACAGGGAAGGGGCUGGCUGGGAGCACCUGCUCGCCACCUCCCACAUCCCCGUGUCACCUCUUCCAGGAGCCUCGUGGUGCAGGUGCGGCCUCCCCAGAGCCCCCGGCCCCACCAUGGGGUGUUCAUGACGGAGACGGGAAGCAGCAGGAGCUGGGGCAGCGCGUGGGCUGGGGGCAUUGGAUGGGCACAGCGGCUCCCCGAAGGACGGUAAGAGCCUGGGGGGGUGCCAGGAAGGAGGGUUGGCACGGCCUGUGGGGUCAGUGUCCUGCAAGCGAUGUCCCCUCUGCACAAUAAGUGUCAGAGAGCCCCCACAGAGCAGGGCCAUGUCCUACAGGCCCCACUGAAACCGGGGUGUGCCCCACUGCAUGUCCCUGACCCCCGCGUUCCCCCUAGGCACCGUCCUGCCCCCGGCUCUAAGGAUGCACAGGCUGCUCCUGCUCGGCUGCCUCUGGCUCCUGGCAGCACCCCCAGCUUCCAGCAUCUUCCAGCGGCCGACAGGGACCCCAGCCCCACUGCGCCUGCAGUACCUGCUGGAGCCCCUCCACCCCACGGUGCACACGCAACGUGGUGCCACGGCCACCCUGCCCUGCGUCCUGCGCGCCCUGCCCCACAACUACCGUGUCAAGUGGAGCAAGGUGGAGCCGGCCAACUACCGGGAGAACAUCAUCAUCAUCACCAACGGGCUGUACCACAAGAACUACGGGCCGCUGAGCCCGCGGGUGCACCUGCGGCACAGCCACCGCUACGACGCCUCGCUCACCAUCACCGAUGUGGCGCUGGAGGACGAGGGGCGGUACCGCUGCCAGCUCGUCAACGGGCUGGAGGAUGAGAGCAUCUCGCUCACGCUGCACCUGGAGGGCGUUGUCUUCCCUUACCAGCCCAGCAAUGGGCGCUACAAGUUCAACUACCACGAAGCUAAGCGAGCCUGCGAGCAGCAGGACUCCCGCCUCGCCACCUACCAGCAGCUGUACAAAGCCUGGACGGAGGGUCUGGACUGGUGCAACGCUGGCUGGAUCCUUGAUGGGACUGUCCAUUAUCCCAUCAUCAACUCACGGGAGCCGUGUGGUGGCCGCCUCCUCCUGCCUGGUGUCCGGACCUACGGUGCCAGGGACAAGCAGAAGGACCGAUUCGAUGCUUUCUGCUUCACCUCUGCUCUUCAAGGCCGGGUCUACUUCAUCCGGGGCCACCUGAAUUUCAAGGAGGCUGGGCAGGCAUGCCGCAACCACGGGGCUGCCAUCGCCAAGGUGGGGCAGCUCUACUCCGCCUGGAAGUUUUCGCAGCUGGACCGCUGUGACGGGGGGUGGCUGGCGGACGGCAGCGUCCGGUACCCCAUCACCACCCCCCGCGAGCGCUGCGGGGGACUGCCCGACCCCGGCGUCCGCAGCUUUGGCUUUCCCAGCAAGGAGAUGAGGACCUACGGCACCUACUGCUUCGUGGGGAAGUGA